AUGGCCAAUUCGAAGUACGAGUAUGUAAGAGACUUCGAGCAAAACGAAGUGCUUCUGCGGAACGCCUGGAUCGUUGUCCGCGUCGACGGUCGCGGCUUCCACAAGCUGUCAGAUCACUACCACUUUGCGAAACCGAAUGAUCGAAGGGCACUCGAUCUCAUGAAUGCUGCAGCGUCUCACGUCGUGCGCACCAUGCCUGAUCUCUGUUUUGCUUACGGCGUUAGUGACGAAUUCUCUUUCGUCUUUGACCGCAACACUGUCAUGUUUGACAGACGAAAGGACAAGCUAGUGAGUACCAUCGUCUCAACCUUCACCGCCGCCUACGUGCAUCUCUGGCCGAAGCAUUUUCGGUCCGGUAACGGCGAUCAACCAUCAGAGAUACGUGAUGCAGAACUUGACCUGCUUCACCUCCCGACAUUCGAUGGACGAGCUGUUGUUUACCCUAGCACAGCUAAUCUCCGUGACUACCUUUCGUGGCGUCAAGUAGACUGCCACAUCAACAAUCUUUACAACACAACCUUCUGGACAUUGGUCGAACGUGCAGGACAUGGGCAGAGGGAAGCAGAAGAGCUGCUGAAAGGGACGGUCUCGUCUGAUAAGAAUGAGAUACUGUUCACCAAAUUUGGCAUCAAUUAUAACAACGAGCCUGAAAUCUACCGAAAAGGUAGCUGCAUAUACCGCGACUACGAUGUCGGCGAGCCUUCAACACAGGGCACGACCGGCAGCGAUGGUAACAGCACAUAUGUAGCGUUAGACGAGUUGCAGUCGUCCGCGAUCCCGGAGCAUCUGUCCAAGACACAACAAGAAAAGCAGCGCAAAGCAAAACUGAAGGCUCGAGUGGUCACUGCGCACCUUGAUAUUAUCCAAGAUGACUUCUGGAAGCAGCGACCAUGGAUACUGAGCGGAAAGCCUCCACGAGGCUGA